AGAUAUCAGUACCUUUCCUUCUAUAAAUUUUCAUAGGUACUUUUCUUUUGGCUUCAACAUUCCUAGCGAGAUACAAUGGGUGCUUUGUUAUUGUUUGUGCUUUCAUUAAUUUUUAACCAUCGAUUGGAGGUUCUUGCAUUGGCUACUUCAUCUGAUCAUGAUUUCAGUUACUUGGAAUCUGUAUACAAUGCCAGUGAUCUACCAUUAAAAGAAGAAUAUGACUACAUAAUAGUAGGAGGAGGCACAGCUGGCUGUCCUUUGGCUGCAACUCUAUCGGCGAACUACUCGGUUCUUGUCCUGGAAAGAGGCAGUGUUCCUUCUUCAUACCCACUGGUCUUGACCGCGAACGGGCUAUUAGCGAAUCUCAUGCAGGAAGACGAUGGUAAAACACCGGCUCAGAGGUUCACAUCAGAAGAUGGUGUUGCAAAUGUCAGAGGAAGGGUCCUGGGUGGUAGCAGCAUGAUCAAUGCAGGAUUCUUCUCUAGAGCCGAUGACCAAUUCUAUAAUGAAUCUGGCAUUCAAUGGGACAUGGAUAUGGUCGAGAAGGCAUAUCAGUGGGUGGAAGACACUAUUGUGUUCAGCUCCAAUUUGUCUGCUUUUCAAUCUAUUUUCAAACAGGCUCUGCUUGAAGCAGGAGUUGGCCCUGACAAUGAAUUCAGUGUGCAACAUAUUGUCGGAACCAAAGCUUCUGGUUCAACCUUUGAUGACCAGGGAAGGAGACAUGGAGCCGUGGAGCUUCUCAACAGAGGAGAACUCAAGAACCUAAGAGUUGCAGUUGAGGCCUAUGUGGAGAAAAUCAUCUUCUCUUCCAAUACAUCAGGCUUUUUUGCUACUGGGGUCAUAUAUAAUGAUUCAAAUGGGAAGACUCAUGAGGCAUUUGCAAGAGAUGGAGGAGAGGUGAUAUUGAGUGCAGGGGCAAUUGGGAGCCCUCAGCUUCUUCUUCUCAGUGGAGUUGGUCCAGUUCCUCAUCUUUCAUCCCAUGCAAUUCCAGUAAUUAGCCAAAAUCCCGAUGUGGGAAACCAUAUGGCGGAUAAUCCCCGUAACAACGUCAACAUGGUAGUCCCAUUUGCAUUGGAUCCAUCGGUUCCUCAGGUGGCAGGAAUCACCAAUGAUUCCAAUUACAUACAGGCAAUAUCCUCCGUCGUCCCAUUUUCUUUUCCUCAACCUUUUAGCCUUUUUCCAAAUGGAACCACUCCUUUACAAUUGAGUGUGGCAACCAUUGUUGAAAAGUUCUCUGGACCUUUGUCGAGUGGCUCCCUCCGGUUGGUUUCGUCGGCUGAGGUCAAAGUCAGCCCAACUGUCCGAUUCAACUACUUCGAAGAACCAGAGGACCUUGCUCGCUGUGUAAGAGGAAUGAGGAAGGUGGGUGAUAUGCUGAGGACCGACGCCAUGGAAGGACUCAAGUUUGAAGAUUUGGAGGGUGUAGAAGGCUUCAAAUUCCUAGAACCUUCUUUGCCAAGAAACCUCUCUGAUGAUGCAUCAAUGGAGUCGUUUUGUCGAAGCACAGUCACGACCUACUGGCAUUACCAUGGCGGUUGCGUGGUGGGAAAGGUGGUGGAUGCUGAUUUGCGGGUGGUGGGUACAAAUUCACUUCGAGUGGUAGAUGGAUCCAUAUUCAAUACAUCACCAGGAACCAACCCUCAGGCAACUCUCAUGAUGAUUGGCCGGUACAUCGGCCUUAAGAUGUUGCAGGAAAGAGAGGCAGCAGCGAAAUAGAUUGAACAUUGUGAUCAUGCUUCCCUUUUUUAAGUCUCGGAAUUUGAUAAAUUAAAGACAACAGUAAUCAGGGAAAUAAAUUUGCCAAACGACUAUUUCUCUCAAGAAUAUGUUCUAUAGUCAUGGUGGUUCGGUAUUUAGAAUAAAUAUGCAAUUAUUUAUAAUGGUUUGUAAUUCUUUAUUGAUUGAAUGUUUAUAUUAAAUUUAUUGAUAAAAAUAAGUUGUACUGGUUUGGUUAUUGAAACCUGUUUUUUAA